AUGGUUGCAGAAACGAAACUCUACGAUGCCCUCUCGAUCAGGCCCGAUGCCUCGCAGGACGAGAUUAAAAAAGCUUACCGUAAGGCGGCAUUGAAGUACCACCCCGACAAGAACAAGGACAACCCGACCGCUUCGGAAAAGUUCAAAGAGGUGUCCCAGGCAUACGAGGUUCUUUCCGACCCUGAAAAACGAAAAGUUUAUGACCAAUUCGGCCUCGAAUAUCUCCUUCGUGGCGGUCCCCCGCCGUCCAGCGGCGGCGGUGGUGCCGACGGCCCCAACCCCUUCGAAGGUGGCAUGCCCGGCGGCUUCUCGUUCGGCGGCAUGCCUGGCGGCGGCGGUGGCGGUACCCGGACAUUCCACUUCUCGACUGGUCCCGGCGGCGGCGGCAGCGGGUUCCGGUUCAGCAAUGCAGACGAUAUCUUCCGGAACUUUGCCAAAGGCAGCAUGGGCGGUAUGGGUGGUGGUAUGGGCGGCGGUAUGGAUGAUGACGAUAUCUUCUCGAUGCUGGGAGGUGGGCUCGGCGGCGGUCGGAACUUCCGGAAUAGUCGCGGGCCUAGCGGAUUCAAGCAAUCGUCGCAGCGCGCGCCCACGCCCGAGCCUACGGUCAUGGAGAAGGAGCUGCCGCUGACGCUGGAGGAGCUGAUGCGCGGUACGACCAAGAAGGUGUCUGUCAAGAGCAAGACAUUUGAUGCGAGCGGCAAGCGCACCGUGCAGGAUGUGACGCUGGAAGCGAAUAUCAAGCCGGGUCUGCGGACUGGCUCGAAGAUUAAGUACCGGGGAGUAGGCGAUCAAGAGGAGGGUGGUCGGCAGGACGUACAUCUGAUUGUGACUGAGAAAGAACAUCCCAACUUCAAACGCCAAGGCGACAACCUCGUUACAACAGUCGAGCUCAGUCUGAAAGAAGCGCUGACCGGCUGGGAACGCAUCGUGCGCACAAUUGACGGCAAAUCCAUCCGAGUGUCCAAGCCCGGCCCGACACAGCCUGGCCAUGAGGAGCGGUUCCCCGGAUUGGGCAUGACGAUCUCGAAGAAGCCCAGCGAGCGCGGCGAUCUGGUGGUUCGGGUGAAUGUGCGGUUCCCAGCUAGCCUGAGCGCGUCGCAGAAGGACAUUCUGAAGGACGUUCUCCCGUGA